CUCUGGCGGCCGUCUCCUUCCGUUUUCCGGCGGAAGUGAGGGAGGGAUUUCCUUUUCCGGGUACGGGUCCCCAGGCGGAGGGAAAGAGCGAGCGAGCUUGAGCCCCCGGGCGCAGGACGGAGAGGCUGACAAAUGGCUGCUAAAACUGGAGAGACUAUUCCCCACUUGAAUAAUUCCGCACCCUUUGUGGACCCCUUAGUCUACGGUUACGGAGUAAAACGGCCCCUGGACGAUGGAAGUCUCCGUGUAAGUUGGCUCCCUGGAGCACAGAUAAGAGAGACCCAGAGAAUAGGUAACCAGUUAGGGGCCCUGGUACAUCAAAGGGCAGUAAUAACCGAAGAAUUCAAGGUGCCUGACAAAAUGGUUGGAUUCAUUAUCGGCAGGGGUGGCGAGCAGAUCUCUCGGAUUCAGGCAGAGUCGGGCUGCAAAAUUCAGAUUGCACCAGACAGUGGAGGGAUGGCCGAGAGACCCUGUAUGCUCACUGGGACGCCAGAGAGCAUCGAACACGCAAAGCGGCUACUGGGGCAAAUUGUGGACCGCUGUCGGAAUGGGCCCGGCUUCCAUAAUGACGUGGACGGCAACAGCAUGAUCCAGGAGAUUCUCAUCCCGGCGUCCAAAGUGGGCCUGGUCAUUGGCAAAGGCGGAGAGACGAUAAAGCAGUUGCAGGAACGAACAGGCGUGAAAAUGAUUAUGAUCCAAGAUGGCCCUUUACCGACUGGAGCGGAUAAACCUCUUCGGAUUACUGGAGAUGCUUUUAAAGUACAGCAAGCGAGAGAGAUGGUACUGGAGAUCAUCCGGGAGAAAGACCAAGCAGACUUCCGAGGCGUACGCAAUGACUUUACCUCCAGAAUGGGAGGAGGAAGCAUAGAGGUCUCUGUACCCAGGUUUGCUGUGGGAAUCGUAAUAGGAAGAAAUGGAGAAAUGAUUAAAAAAAUCCAGAAUGAUGCUGGUGUUAGGAUUCAGUUUAAACCAGAUGAUGGGAUUAGUCCAGAAAGAGUCGCGCAGGUCAUGGGUCUUCCCGAUCGGUGUCAGCACGCAGCUCACAUCAUCAAUGAGCUCAUUCUCACAGCACAGGAACGUGACGGUUUUGGAAGCCUUGCUGUGACCCGGGGAAGAGGCCGCGGCCGUGGGGACUGGAGUGUUGGGACCCCUGGGGGCGUGCAGGAGAUCACCUACACGGUGCCAGCUGAUAAAUGUGGCUUGGUCAUAGGGAAAGGUGGCGAGAACAUCAAGAGCAUAAACCAGCAGUCUGGAGCCCAUGUGGAACUCCAGAGAAAUCCGCCUCCCAACACAGACCCCAACUUACGGAUAUUCACCAUUCGGGGCAUCCCCCAGCAGAUUGAGCUGGCCAGACAUCUCAUAGACGAGAAAGUGGGUGGCACCGGCCUGGGCGGGGCUGGAGGUUUUGGCCAGAGCCCGUUCAGCCAACCACCUGCGACACCUCAUCAAAAUGGUCCUCAGGCAUUCAUGACACAGGGUUGGGGAGGCACUUACCAGACGUGGCAGCAGCCCGGGCAGCAAGUUCCAAGUCAGCAGAGUCAGCAGCAGAACAACCAACCCGACUACAGCAAGGCAUGGGAAGACUAUUACAAGAAACAGAGUCACGCUGCCACGGCUGCUUCUCAAGCAAGCUCCCAGCCAGACUACACGAUGGCCUGGGCAGAGUAUUACAGACAGCAAGCUGCUUAUUACGGGCAGACAUUAGGGCAAGCUCAGGCCCACAGCCAGGAGCAGUAGAACAAUGAUCUUCGUUACUUUUUUCUUGACCCAGCUCCCCUUUCUUUCUCUUUCUCUCUCUUUCUCUCUCUCUCUCACUCUUCGAAUCAUUGUGGAAGCAAACCUUUUUGUAACAGAGGUUUCUAGAUUUGCAAAUUUUGAUGAAGACUCUUCGUUGUUUUUUUUGUGAAACACUAGUUAGAAUAAUUAUACUGAACUUUUUCUAAGAAUCAGGAACAAUUAGUAAUGUACUAAACUUUAUGGACAUGUUGGGUAAUUUUUGUUCAAUUGCUCUUUUUUUCUUUUUGGUUUCCAAAUUUGUAAGAAAAAAAAGAGAGAAAACUUAAGUGGAACUCCGUGAUCUUUUUUUUGUUUUGUUUUUUGCUUUUUUUUUUUGUUGGAGAGAAGCCAGAGAACAGCCGACAUCAAACAUACCCCAGAGCGGAGACAUUUCAAGAAGUGUUUUUUUGUGUAUGUGCAUUUCCCCCCACCCCCUUACGUUUUUAAUUUUAAAAUCUUUUCUGUUGUAACAGAAAAAGGCUUGGAAGUCUUAGGUGGUAUGUAACAAAUUCUAAAAAAAAAAAAAAUGAAAUUUUUAAAAACAGUAUUUAAAUAUUCUUAAAUAUGUAAAUUCAUUAAAUAUAUUACUUCUAAUUUCUUGUUCCUUGGCUGUCUUUUUUGAUUUUAUUGCAUUUUUUAAAAAAUAAACUGAACUAUGGUAUGUAUUGUAAUUAAUUAUGUGAAUUCUUUAUCAAGACAGUUGCUGUUUUUGCUGUCAGGCUGGUUAUUGUGGGGGGGAUUUUGUAGGGGCUGUAUAAUUUCUAGAGAUCUAAAGGGGUAAUAUAAAAACAAUGUGUUAAUUUUUUAGCGAUACUAUUUUUCUUUCCAUGUCUCCAUUAUUGGUUGCAUUUGUGUAUCUAAGACCUCCAAGCUUGUCUAAAAAUAAACAAACAAAAUACUUUUUGUCUAUUUCAGAAAUAAAUACUGUUAUUUUUAAUAUUAAGAUGAAACUGCUAUUAGUACCUUUAACAAACACUGUGGAACAUUAAAUCAUAUAAAAUAGUAGUAACUAUUUUUUAAUUCCAGGGUGUGUGUUUGCUUUUUUCCAUUUUUUGUUUUUUGUUUUUAAGUAUUUUCUUAUCUUAAUAUUUGUCAAAAUUUACCUAGAGAAAUAAAAAUGAAAUCUAGUAUUAACCACAGGUAUGCGCUAAAUAAUUUUUUGAUUUAAUAAAAGGGAUAAUAUGGUUUCCAAUGUUUACUGUAGUGUUUUCUUGUACAGAUAACAGUGUAUUUUUAAAGGAGAAAAAAACGGAAGUAAAGCUAUUUUUUCUUGACAUUUUUAAUUGACCUGCGGGACAUUCCGUUUUGAAAUGUACUGAACUGUUCUAGGUCCUUUUUUCCCUUAUUUCUUUAUAUGCUUGAAAUGUCUAACUAUAAAAGAAACACAAUUGGAUAAUGUCGAGCAUGAUGUGUUUUAAACAAAAAAAACUGUUCUUUUUAUUUGACUGACAGUUGCAUUUUACACUCUCUCUAUAAUAAAAAAUUUCCACAAGGUAACUUGUGGGCUAAGUAUUAA